ACGGGACGCAGCUGCCGGUGAACGGGUUUCCGGUUCUGAACGUUUCCCGUGAAGGCGGAGUGCUUCGUGGCCCUCGUGAACCGAAGGAGUCCCACGGCGUGACAGUCGGUACCGGGCGCCUCCCGUCGAGCCGGACAGCGGGGUCCGCGGAAGAGGAGCGCGCGCCCGGGAGGGUCGAGCCGAGCCGCGGCGCUACGUCACUCCAGUCAAAAUGGCGCCUGCUGCUGGCCCCCUUCUCAGCGCGGCUUUAAUCCGUCUCUCAGCAGCCUGAGUCGUGAAGCCGGACAAGCCGCAGGCUCAUCUUGUGGGGGGGUCUGUGUUCUCUGCGGGGACGCUGCCGAGCGGGUUCAGCGCCAUGUCGGACUCGGAGGAGGACAGCCACGACAGGCAGCUUAAAAUGGUAGUGAUCGGGGACGGCGCGUGCGGCAAGACGUCACUCGUCACCAGGUUUGCACAGGAGGCCUUCGGGAAGCAGUACAAACAAACCAUCGGGCUGGAUUUCUUUCUGAAGAGAAUAAGCCUUCCAGGCAACUUGAAUGUCACGUUGCAGGUGUGGGACAUUGGGGGCCAAACGUUAGGCGGGAAAAUGCUGGAUAAAUAUAUAUAUGGAGCUCAUGGGGUUCUCCUGGUCUACGAUAUCACCAACCACCAGAGCUUUGAGAAUCUGGAGGAUUGGUUCAGCAUGGUGAAGAAGGCCAACGAGGAAUCUGAGAUCCAGCCGGUUGUUUCGCUGAUCGGGAAUAAAAUCGACAUGGAGCACAUGAGGACGGUGAAGGCUGACAAACACCAGCGUUUCUGCCAGGAGAACGGCCUCGUCAGUCAGUUUGUGUCGGCCAAGACGGGCGACUCGGUCUACCUUUGUUUCCAGAGGGUGGCUGCGGAGAUCCUUGGUGUGAAGCUAAAUAAAGCUGAGAUAGAGCAGUCCCAGCACGUGGUGAAGGCGGACAUCGUGAACUACAGUCAGGACGCCGCGGCCCGGACGGUCAAUCCCCCCCGCAGCUCCAUGUGUGUGGUGCAAUGACCCCCCAGCACCGUGUCAAAGGCCUCCAUCAGUGUUGCUGUGUCCUCCGAGGCCCCGGCCUGUAGUUCACAGCAGGAAGGGAAACCCGACGUCUGUAUUUCACUCCUUAAGUUUACGCGCAGCUAUCGAUUUAUUUCUGUGAUUCUCCUUAAAUAAAAACUAUGAAGGACUUGAUUGAUGGUUUGAAGCUAUAAUCACUCUGGUAAUUAAACAUAAGUUAAAGAUAUUUUCAUACUAAUAAGUAUAUUUUCCUCUUUAGUUUUAACCAUUAGAUCUAUUAAAGUAUAUUUACACUUCUCAAAUCAAUCUUUAAUGACUGUGGUGCUCGAGGCUUUAAGUGACAAAACGUCCCUUUGUUCAAUUAGCUAAUUAGCAGCGCUGUGACUUCAGCUGUGUUAUUUUACCUAAAUAUAAUUACACUUUACGGUCUUAAAUCCAUAUUGUUCUAUUUAGAUUUUGUGAGUAGUGAAACAGUGAAUCGGUUCUAGAUGUGUUUUGUAGUUGGAGGACGUGUGAGAUGCUGUUGUGUUUAAAUGUUGGAGAAAGGAGGUGAAUGUGACCUUUUAUUAGGAGGUCUGUGCAUAAAGCCUUAUUGCGCUAUAGAAAGAGGUCUUUGUUAGAGACAUUAGUGCACGUAGCUUCUACAUGAUGAUUUAAUGUGUUAUCAACCCACCAGUAAGGUAUGUAUUCGUACAAUAAAAGCUCCAUUUCAAAGCUG